CUCCAAUCGUGCUCUUGCUCGUCUCUCUCGUUCGGAUUUCUGAUGUAGCAGCCGCCGGAACCAGUCACCCUGCCGCCCCCACGAGCCGCCGCGCGAUCCGCUUUCCGGCGACCGCCGCCAUCAAGCAGCGCGUUAUUGGGUUUUUUGUAGCAGAGCCCCUCUCAAGCCUUCGCGCUGAAAACAGGUUAUGUGCCGAGUGCUUGUUGAAAUGCCGAACAGAAGGGGUGCCGCCGUGUGUGGGCAGUCCCCUCCCCUGAGACGAUCUCCGAGGUUUCUCAGUCCGAAAAGCUCCACGGGAUCUCGAUGUACGAAGAUUGGCGGGCUGAAGUCCGAUGACGACCGGGUUGACCAUUUGGAUACGCCCGUUGGCUCGAAGCGAAAACGUUCUGAGGUGAAUAGCCUGGUAAAAGACGACCCACGAAGAGUUUCAAGGAAAGCGACAGAUCUCAGUGAUGGUUUGAGGAAAAGCACGAUUCCAUGUAGUGGGUUGAGAAGAUCUCCGAGAUUUAAUGGCGGGCUUAGGGAACAAGAACAUUCUAUGCUGAUUACUCGGGUAAAAGAUUACCCUGAAAGAAAUUCAAGUGAUGGCUUGGGGAGAAGUACAACUCCAUGUGCUGGGUUGAGAAGGUCUCCUAGACUGAAUUGUGGGGUUCAGGAGUUUCGCAGCUUUGAUCAAUCGUUGAGGAAUUCUAAUCAGCAGAAUAUAGCCGGGCAAGUUGAGAGGACUGACCAUAGGCCAAAGAGAGAAAGUAGGUGCUUGUUGGGUAGAAAGACUGACGAUGAGGAUAAGAAGGAUCCAAUAGAAGAUGGAGUUGUUAAUAAAUGUGAAGUAUUUGUAGCAGAAACACAAAGAGGCACUAGACAAUGUGUGCUUAGUCUACCCGUCCUUAAAAAAGAAGAAAAUGGAAAAUUUAAGACACUAACUGAGAGCAAACAAGGAGACGAAGGCAAUAAGAAUUGCCAGGGUUGGACUGAAGAACAAGAGGAUGCAUUACAGAGAGCUUACUUUUCUGCAAAGCCAACUCCACAUUUUUGGAAGAAGGUUUCUAGAUUUGUACCGGGAAAGUCAGCACAGGAAUGUUUUGAUAAGAUUCAUUCGGAUCAUCUAACCCCGACUCAACCUCGUCUCCGGUCCAGAGCAAACAGAAGGGUUGAAUCUUACAUCAAACGCUCUCCACUGUCAGCAAGCAAGAUUCUUAAAUCCCCUAAACCAUUGAUCAAGAGGCUCAGUUCUAAAAAGAAAAGUCUUCUUGCACACAAAACUGUCAGGCAGCUAUUACAAAAGCAAAAUCACUCGGACCAAACAUGUGAAGCAGAUUUUUUCUCUGUACUUGAGCCCAAUGCGGAUCCAUCUACUAAAGAGUUGACUUCUGUACUUGUGACCCCAGAUAAUUUACAGAAAAUGCAAGGAUCUCUUCUGAAAUGCCGUGAAAGGUCUUCUUCAGGCAAUAAGAAGCCAGUCUCCAGAUUUUGUAGCUCAAGUAGGAUACCUCUGAUGAGUCCUCCGGUACUAAAGCAGGUUAAAAACAGAGCAUUGCAUGAGAAAUACCUUGAUCAAUUACAUAGCAGGGAAGUGAAGAGAAACUCGGCUCUUGAAGUAAAAGUUACUUCCAGGGAAGCAAACAAAAUAGAAGUCGAUGCAAAGAAGAUGGGUGCAGUUAAAGCUGCUAAGCAUGCCUUACUUUCUGAUGUGAAUGAUGCUAUUAAUCAGCUUCAACAUCUACAAGGCAAUGUAGCAACAGAUUCUGAUGAGGACAUUCUGGAUAGAGGGGAUGAUGACGAUGACGACGAGGAUGGAUGAACAUGUUCUAGUUAUCUUCCCCUUAUUCUUAAAGACAUUAACUCCAAGCACUCGAGUAUAAAAAUAAUUCUUGCUUCUGUUUGUUUUUCGUCUUAACAGAUGCAUCUGUCCGGCUAGAUUUUCCUUCUGCUGUCAGGUUUAGACUCCUCAAAGAUAAAGUUGACUGAUUGAGUAAGGUCACUAGAUUCUUGACGCACUAAUAUAGCUCAAGUGUUCCUCUUAGUAUAUUCACUUCCAUCCUCUGUUACGACAUCUUGAAAGAAGAUGUUGCAAUAUCUUUCCAUAAAUGCACACAUGCUCUAGAGUACUACUUCACGAGUUUAGGGUGCAUCUGGUCAACACUGUUGUAUAUAUUUUUGAACUAAUAAUUUUCACGUGAUUGUUCAAACUCA